AUGAGUUACGGUACUAUGUUUGCUUCUAUAGAUUCUCUUGUCAGAGAAGAAAAGAAAGAUAAUGAUAAUGACAAGAAAGGUGAUAAUAAAAUAAAAAAUAAUAUAUUUCCUAGUAAUACUAAUUUACCUACUUUACAAUUACCACAAUUUUUAAAUACUAAUUCUCAUGUUAUACCACAAAUGCCUUUUCCUAUACAUUGUGAUCCUGUUGCUUUAACAUUAUGGAAUUGGCAACAAUGGAGUAGAAUGAGAAGACCAAGAACAACAUUUACCAGUGAACAAUUAAUGAAACUUGAAAAUCAAUUUGCUGAAACAAAAUAUCUUAGUAGACCAAGAAGGUAUCGUUUAGCACAAGAACUUUGUUUAAGUGAAACUCAAAUAAAAAUUUGGUUUCAAAAUCGUCGAAUGAAAAGUCGGAGGAAUGCAUUGAUACCCUUAUCAAUACCAGAAAAUGAAAAAAUAAAUAAUGAUGAUAGAAAAUAA